CAAUUAUCAGGGUUGGUAUGUCCCCACUAGGGUGAAGAUUAGGCCUUACUGAAGUAGGGCUGCAGACUGGAGGUGUGAAGACUUAAGCACAAUGCUCCUCCUUGAAUUAAGACCCUGGGCCUACACGAGAAAAGAAUUAGGGGUCAGUCAGUCAUCAAGCUAGCAUUUAUUCAGUGCCUACUAUGUGCCAGGCACUGUGCUAAGUCCUGGGCUGAGUAUGAGGGCCACGUCGGGGUGCAGAGGCUGGGAGCCAUGAUGGGGCAGACCUCUAAUGGGGCUGCAUACACGGCUAGGGGACUCAGGACUAGGAACAGGGGAGACCCAAAGGGCCCAUGACCUCAGUUAGGUAAGGUGUCAUUUCUUCCCUCAUCCAGCUAUACAAUUAUACCGAACAUCUUCCAACUUUCGGGAUUGAUUUGUCGGCUCCUCCCCCUCUCCAGGCUUCCGGUCUAGUGUGAUCGAUGGCACUGGUCUAAGUUGCUCCCGGUUGCCAAGGAAAUGACGUUAGCACACGAUGAUGUAACUACGGGAUAUUCGCUGGUCCUGGAUUGGUUACCAGGAAGCCACUGGGCGAGCAACCAGGAGGGGGGAAAGCAACUGGCGAUGUCAACAGUCCUCCUCUACAUCCCUCCUAAAGGUGCAGAUCUGAGGCCGAGCCCCUAAAGAGUACCCCUCAGUCUCUCAACCUGGAAUCCCCACCCAAGAUGGAGAGGAUGAGCCAGGGCUCAGUGAAGUUGGCCUCAGGCGUUCUAAUAGGAGAGAAGGACAUCAUUCAACAGCAGGAAGUUCAGCAGGGGCUUGACCACCCCAGAGAAGACAGACCCAUGGGGCUGAAUUCUGGAGCCUUGCCUGCUGAAGCCCGUUCUGCUGUGGCAGACUCAGACUCACAGAUUCCUCAAACAGAGGAUCCUCAAGCGUUUGACAGAGGUCCUGCUGGGAUGAGAGGAGACCCUUUGGAGCCUUACCGAUCCACCAAUGAGAUUGCUGAGCCACUCCAGUCUCCUAUCCUCUGGCACUGCCCUGAUGGGAGCUUUGUCAAGAGGAUCACGGUUCAGGGCCAGGGCUUGGACAAACCCAAGGGGGGCUCCCAAUGCCACGUUCUAGUAUCUGGGCUUCCCCCUGGAGUGGGUCUGCCUGAAGGCUGGACAGAACUCACCGUGGGAUCAGGGCCAUGGAGAGACAGUCCCUGGGGAGAGGUUUUGGAGAAAUGCCUGGAAACCAUGUGUUCCGGUGAACAGGCAGAGCUCUUGCUCCCUGGUGGAGCUGAGCCCCCUGCCUUGAUCACCCUGGCCUCCUUCACCCUGGGCAAGGACUCUUGGGAGUUGUCAGUCAGGGAAAAAGAAGAGCUGGCUUCAGAGGAGCGGGCUAGGGGCACAGAAUUGUUCAGAGCUGGGAACCCUGAGGCAGCUGCAAGGUGCUAUGGCCGAGCUCUUCGGCUGCUGCUGACUCUUCCCCCACCUGGCCCUCCAGACCAAACCAUCCUUCAUGCCAAUCUAGCUGCCUGCCAGCUGCAGCUAGGGCAGCCUACCUUGGCAGCUCAGAGCUGUGACCGGGUACUAGAACGGGACCCACGACAUGUGAAGGCAUUGUACAGAAGGGGAGUGGCCCGGGCUGCCUUUGGGGAACUGGAUGGAGCUGCUGCUGACCUACGGAAGGUGCUGGAGGCGGAACCAGGAAACCGGGCUGCCAGAGAGGAGUUGGGGAGGGUGGUGAUCAGGGGCAGACAACAGGAUGCAGGGCUGGCUCGGGGUCUCCGAAAGAUGUUUGGUUAAUUAAAAAUUAGAACUUAAAAGAGAGAACAGAAAUGAUGUGAUUUGUGGUCUGUGCUGU